UUAUUGUCAUUUUUCCUUUUUUUUUUUCUUUCGAUGUUUGACGAAGUGACUUCCGACAUGAAGUUGUUAAUCCGCGAUGUCAAACGCCCACGAACAUCGAUUUGAUCUGAAUCUUCGUGUUCCUCAAACAGUUCGCCCACGUGACGCGACUACUGUUUUGCGUAUGCAAAAUGCUACCGCGCCAUCGUGAUCCUUUCAUUGACAAAACGGGUUUUCGUAUCGCGCCUGACGUAAGCCGAUGUUUACGGCCAGCACGUGGCUGAACGCGAGAUGCAGCGGUGUCAGUAGCGCGACGGGCGCAUCGCAUGAUGCAUUUGUUGUGGCGUCGUGUCUCUUCUGAAAUUGCGCGUCCGUUUUUCCGAGGUAUUUUUUUCGAGAUUUGUAAUUCCAAUGUUCAUCCGCCAUUCAAAACAAUACUUGAUCGCAACAGCCUCGAAAAACUGACAAUUUUAAUGAGUUUUAAGGUAUUGUAAAAAAAAAAAAUACGUUACGUGUCUAUAAAAUGUGAGAACAACGAUGAUGAAUUUUUUACCAAAACGGAAUUAAGCGCAAUCGUUAUCUUUUCCUAAAUUAAAACCUGUCAAAAAUAAAGAUAUCGUCUUUCGGCAUCGAGUUUCAUGACGCGCACAACUUCCGAUCGGUUCGGGCCGGUCGUGUCGCGCGCCGAAUCGCAAUCUGCAUCCUAUGCAGAUUUAUUGUACGCGUGCGAGUCUUGCAGUUUCGCGUGCGCGGGGAAGGAGUUUAUUUCGCGUGCGUGCGAUAAGAGCGACGCGUUGCCGUCGUGAGGCCGCGCGACUCGUUGCCCGAUGUCUCGAAGCAUCGCUAUGCUAAUAAGCCAUCGCCGGCGCGACGCGACGUACAGUGAUGUAACGGUGGAAAAUAAAGCGGUGACUCGCCAGUAUGGCGAUAUUGGUACCGUGCGCUCGACCGGCCGUUUCGCACGCGCGCACGCGUAAACACGCGCGUGUCGGCCUGCCGUGAAGCGCGCGCGAGGAACCAGGACCUUCUUACGAUUAUUCGGCAGCGGCCGGCAGUUUUUGGAAGUCGCCGCGUCGUACCGGGACGUCGUCGUGCGCGUCCGGCGAGACGACACACGUGCGUGACACACGCGAGUACCGUUAUCGCGUGGCACCGCGUGCUCGAAAAUUGCGUUGCGUCACGUCGGUUCGCGGACGCGCGCGAUUAAUCCGAAAUCGCGCGGAUCGAAUCGUGCCUGUGUUUUACUCCAGACUUCUUAACUAUAGUUCCAGUAGGAUCAUCGCUGCGUGGGACACGAGACAAAUGAAUUCACUGCAGGUUCUGAUGCGCGCGUGAUCGGGAUGACGAGGACGAGACCCGCGAGGAGGGAAGCUGCCGACGAAGAGCCGGGUGAUGCUACGAGGAGCGGCGCAGAUGAAAAAGUCGCGGCGGCCUAACGCGGGUGAUCGGGAUCGAACGCGGGAAUCAUGGGCAACGGAUCAUCGUCCUGCUGCGCGUAUCGCAACAAAAAGAUGUCGGAGUUCCCGGUGGAGGGAGGCGAGAACGGGGACAUGCAUACCGUCAUGGAGAACUUCCAGAAGAAGAACAAUCUGGUGACCGGUAGGACGCACCACGUCACUCAUCAUCCGCAGGUCACCACCACGUCGUCGCAGAUGCUGACGACAAAUCAGAGCCAACACCAGAGUAGUAGCAGUACUAGUACCAGUACUAGCAGCAGUAGUAGCAGCAGCAGGGUGGCCAAGUCCUCGCAGAGGAUUCUCACCUCGUCCUCAUCGAGUGAGAUGAAGGCGAGCUCUAUGAAGAGCGAUCUGACGGAACUUAAACGCGGCAUCUCGGAAAUGAAGAAUAUCUCGACCAAUUUUUCACAACGACUGCGCAGCAGCAUGGAGAAUCUCGUGGACAGCGGACCGGAAGAGGCCGAUCUCACAGAGCCGCUGGUAACUUUUCCGGAUCCGGACACGCCGCCGCCCAACGACGCUGUAACGUUGGCAGGCGGUUCUCCGUCCCAGUUGAGUUCUCUGAACUCGCUGAAUAAUCUUCAUCACAGCAUGAGCCCGCCGAUAAAUAUAUCAAACAUAGCAAACUUACCUGCCGGUCAGGAAACUAUGAAGUUUGAACAGAAGAAAAUGACCAGCGCAUCGAAAACAAAGGUCGUCACGGAUGGAUUUAGCGCCGAGAAGGCGACGGCAAACAGCGCCGAGAUGAAGGCCCUGCAGGCCGGCGACGUCUCAUACAAGGAGCAGAGCGCCGCGACGGCGGCGAGGGCGCGCGUCGAACUUGACGGCGUGUCGGCGGAGAAGAGCGUCGCUGCUGCGCGGGAACAAAGGAGUUUGAAGGCUGGCGAUCUUUCGCAUCAGGAGAGCAACAACAUGGCAGCAUCCACUAUGAAACUUCAAAGCGACUCUUUUACCUCUGAAAAAAAAGCGAUGGCGGCGCAACAGCAACGGCAGACAGUCACCUCGACCGGCAUCUUUAAUCACGAGAAGCACAUGGCGUCGAGCUCGCAAUCGAGCAUCACUAUCGCGUCCAAGUCGGGCGUGAGCUCGUCCAAGUCGAUGAUCACCGCGGCGAGCGCGGUUAAUCAGCUGAUGAACGGUAUGCGGCCGCCUACAGCCGAGGACGAGCUGCUGUCCCUACCGUUGGACGACUUGGACCUGCUAUGCUCCAAGUCGAAUCCGCAGGACGUGGACUGCGCGAUCGCCAAGUACUGCAGUCUGCUCGACAGCUUCGUCGAGCGGCUGAAGACAGGCGCCGACAAGAGCAGCAGCAAAGCGCCGCAGCUACUGAACAGGGUGAACGAGAUAAUCCGAAAGGCUUGGGCGGUGCCCACGCACGGUCACGAGUUGGGUUACACUCUGUGCAACACCCUGAGAACGCGCGGCGGUCUGGACCUCCUCAUGUCGAAUUGCGUGGCGAACGAUCAAGAACUGCAGUUCUCGUCGGCCCGAUUGCUGGAGCAAUGCCUGACCACGGAGAAUCGCGCCCACGUGGUCGAGAAUGGCCUGGAGAAGGUGGUGAACGUAGCGUGCGUGUGCACGAAGAACGCCAACUCGGUGGAUCACGCGCGCAUCGGCACCGGGAUACUCGAACAUCUGUUCAAGCACAGCGAGGGCACCUGCAGCGACGUGAUCAGGCUAGGCGGUUUGGACGCGGUGCUGUUCGAAUGCCGGAAAAACGACGUGGAGACUCUGCGCCAUUGCGCGGGCGCGCUCGCGAAUCUGUCGUUGUACGGCGGUGCCGAGAAUCAAGAGGCGAUGAUCAAGCGUAAGGUGCCGAUGUGGCUGUUCCCGCUUGCCUUCCACACCGAUGACAACAUUAAAUAUUACGCGUGCCUGGCGAUCGCCGUGCUGGUCGCCAAUAAGGAAAUCGAGGCGGCCGUCCUAAAGUCCGGCACCCUCGACCUCGUCGAGCCUUUCGUUACGUCGCACAACCCCUACGAAUUCGCCAAAUCGAACCUGGCUCACGCACACGGUCAGAGUAAGAACUGGCUGGAGAGGCUCGUGCCGGUCUUGAGCUCGAAGCGGGAGGAGGCUCGCAAUCUGGCGGCCUUCCACUUCUGCAUGGAGGCGGGCAUCAAGAAGCAGCAGGGCAACACCGAUAUUUUCCGGACAAUCGGCGCGAUCGAGCCGUUGAAGAAGGUAGCCAGCUGUCCGAACGCGAUCGCGUCCAAGUACGCGGCACAAGCUUUGCGAUUGAUCGGCGAGGAAAUUCCGCAUAAACUAAGCCAACAAGUGCCUCUGUGGUCCACCGAGGACGUCCGAGAGUGGGUGAAGCAGAUCGGCUUCGCCGACGUGGCCUUGAAUUUCGUGGAGAGCCGAGUAGACGGCGAUCUACUGCUGCAGCUGACGGAGGAAAAUCUGCGCGAGGAUAUCGGCCUGACCAACGGUAUCAUGCGCCGCAGAUUCGCCCGCGAGCUGCAGAACCUGAAGAAGAUGGCCGACUACAGCAGCCGCGACACCGGUAACUUGAACAGCUUCCUGCAGUCGAUCGGCCAGGAGUUUUCCAUUUACACGUACAGUAUGCUGAAUGCCGGCGUGGACAAGGACUCGAUACGCAAUCUCUCGGAGGAUCAGUUGCUGACCGAGUGCGGCAUCGCCAAUAGCAUCCAUCGGCUAAGGAUACUCGACGCCAUCAAGAAUAUGCAGCACAAUCAGUUCAGCUCGUGCGAGUACGAGUCGCCCGACAAGUCCCUCGACGUCUUCGUUAGUUACCGUAGAUCGAACGGCUCGCAGCUGGCGAGUCUGUUGAAGGUUCACCUGCAGCUGCGCGGCUUCUCGGUAUUCAUCGACGUCGAGAGGCUCGAGGCCGGCAAGUUUGACAACAACCUGUUGCAGAGCAUCAGGCAAGCCAAACACUUCCUUCUUGUGCUCACGCCACAGGCUUUAGAGAGGUGUGUACAGGAUAGUGAGUGCAAGGACUGGGUACACAGGGAGAUUGUUGCCGCUUUACAAUCGCAAUGCAACAUAAUUCCAAUUAUCGACAAUUUUGAAUGGCCGGAACCCGAGAGACUUCCUGAAGACAUGCGAGCGGUGUGCCAUUUCAACGGUGUCCGCUGGAUUCACGACUACCAAGACGCUUGCGUAGACAAAUUAGAAAGGUUUAUGCGAGGUGAGAUACCUGUGAGAUCUGAUAUGUUGUCCAGCGGAAUUCCGCGCAGCAUGGCUACCAAGGACGUGACCCAACCGAGCACACCGUGCAACACGAAUAUACGACAGCCGCCAAACUAUCAGCGGAUGCACAGCAAUGAAAGCAGGGGCAGCGACAAGGAUUCCACAGGCGGGCGAGACUGACUAGAUGGCCCGCCCACAGCUAUAUCGAACAGAAAGUCGUCCAGUCCAUCUCGUUGGUUGAUGGGCCUGCCACCCACGUCGCCGCGCUUUAAGUUCAUGUACACACAUCCGGUGGCCAGCAGUAACCUGGUGGUGCCUUGCAGACCACCACGGCAACCAUCCU